AUGACGUCUCUCGGUGAGAUUCAGUACCGGUUGUUUAUGUACAGUAGCACCGAGCCAGAUACUCUUCGUCCAGUGGUGCGUCUGAGCACAUUUGAGCACGUUGUGAGUUCGAGUCGACCUGAAGAGCAAGAAAUGGUCUACGAGGUGAUGGCCAGGGAUUACGUCAAGAUGGCUCGCUGGAACUACCGCAGUGGUAACGGGAGUCCUAGUCAUGUGUCCUCUGUCCCCUGA